AUGGGAGAAAAUGAUGUUACUAUCCAGGCCUUUCAAGAGAAGAAGUACGAUGCGGCACUGGAGGCCUACAAGAAGGGCCGGGAAACCUGGCAGAAGGCCGACGUCCGAGGGCAUCAUGUGGCGGUCUUGUGCAGCAACGAGGCCAAUUGUCGACGAAACAUGGGAGAUCUCACAGGAGCCAUCAAGGCUUGUGAAGAGGGUCUCAGCCACUACACCACGCCGGAGAUCCGAAAGAAGUUGGCAAACCACUUGGCAGAAGCGAAGAAAGGACCAAAGGAACUAACUCCCGAGGAGGCACAGCUGAAGGAGGAGAAAGUGCAGCAGCUGAAGGAAAAGAAGAAACAGCACAAAGAAGAGUGGAAAGUACUGACAGAGAAAGCUGUUGUUUCUGAUGGCAACAUCUACCAAGACGGAAAGAGUGGACAAAAGGACUACGUAGUGCCAGGGCCUUUCAUUUGUCCCAUGAACGAGGCUCAGGCCAUGGGCCUGGGACCGCCGCCUGAACCGAAGCCCUAUUGGGAAGUGGAUUCCGACGAUGAGCCGCCCAGAACCACCAUUGGAUAUCUACCAGCGCAUCAUCCCAAUGCGUAG